AUAAAUGCGUGACUAAUUAUAUUUAGAAAACAGUCUGUAGACGUAUUUAUUACUGAUACUUCUUUUAUUUUUGGUCCUAAAUACAUUUUGUUUAAUACUUCACACAGUAAACAUGUUACAAAUAAAGGAAAACUAGACUUGUUUGACUAAUCUAAUUCUAAAGAUAUAUGUACUUUCUGUUUGGAAAACAAUUCGUGAUUCGACAUGUUUAAGAUAAUGGAGAAGAUAUUGGUAUAAAUUUAAGGAGUGCGAUGUCAUUACCGCUAGAUCUAGCCAUAUUCAUAAAUUCUAUCUUUGUGAUAAACUACGAUGACGAAAGUGCUGACAAGGAACCUGACUCUACACAACUUGAGAAAAUCAUACGUCUCAUUGCAUCAGAGUACCGAAACAUUGCAGAAUCUGGAAAUAACAUCAUGGGAAUUAUAACUGAAAAGGCGUCUGAAGCUUAUGAAUCGCUACAGAAAUUGUUGUAUUCGUCUCUGAUUACAAUACGGUCUUAUACAAAGGAAAAGUUAUUGAAAUGUUCGAUCUUUCAAAGUAAUAGAGAGAUCAUUGACGCAAUUCCAAUGACUGGAUCACUGAAUUUAAAUCAUAAAAACGAUGAAUACAGAACAAGUCCCUUUUAUGCUUUUUACAUAAUUCGCAACAAUGGAGAAAAUAAUAAUUUCAAUGGCCAAUGCUUCACAUUUUCCGGACUAUUUUCCAGCUAUAGAAAUAGACUAAUGUUCAUAAAAGACAGGUUUUAUUCAUAUGACUACUACAUGCGUUUUUAUCCCUACAUCUUUAUUAUAGAAAAGUAUAUUGAUUCUAUCACCACUCUAAAGUUACAUGUUCCUAAAAAAGGAUAUGUAUACUUUCGAGCUUUUGUUGUGUCAUCGGUGUGGUUUGAAGAUGCCAUGAGAUCGAUGCAUACUGCAAGUAUUGUGUUAACCUACACGAAUGUCUUUCCAAGUGAUUGCCGCAUGUUUAUUCAAAUACCAAUUUAUUCGUCUGGUUACAUCCACAGAAAAGACCAGCUAAACAUGAUUUAGGCAGUAAAUGUGGCGAUUUCAAAAUGCAUCAAACUGCUCUUGUUGUACGAAAAUAAAUAUGAUAUAUUCAAUGUUGAUUUACAUUGAUUUUUAAAAUACAAGUUGUAAAAUUUACUAAAAUGUAGUAUUAAAUGGAAGUAUCUUUAAUUAAGUUAUAUCUCUUUAAACUCCGCUUGCCAACAAACCAUUGUUUUGCAGUAAGAUCCUUUUAACAAAAUAUUUACAUUUCAAGGAUCAAUAAAAUCCAAAAUUUAAAUAAGAUACAACAUUUCGAUAAUUUAUCAAUAUACAGAGUUUCGUUUUUGGUCUUGACAACAACAAAUUCGAGAACUGAUUAAGACAAGCGGCAAUUUCUGUCUCAAGGUUUCCAUGGUACUUAUAACUUAAUAGGUUGAUGUGCAUUUUCUAAUUUGAUUGAUUUUGAAUAUAUUUUUAGCCCACCAUCAUCAGAUGGCGGGCUAUUCAAAUCACUCUGAGUCCGUGGUCCGUCGUCCUUCCGUCCGUUAACAAUUUCUCGUUAUCGCAUCUCCUAUUGGUACCCUAGUUGUGUCCCCCUGAAAAUCAGACUGGUUCAACAAUUUUUUAGUGAGUUAUGGCCCUUUGUUUAUUUCUAUAAUUUACAUAGAUUUAUAUAGGAAAAAACUUUGACAAUCUUCUUGUCCAAAACCACAGAGCCUAGGGCUUUGAUAUUUGGUAUGAAGCAUGAUCUAGUGGUCCUCUACUAAGAUGAUUCAAAUUAUUUCCCUGGGGUCUAUUAUGGCCCCGCCUCGGGGGUCGCAUGGUUUAUAUAGUCUUAUAUAGGGAAAAACUUUGGAAAACCUCUUGUUCAAAACCACAGGGCCUAGGGCUUUGAUAUUUUGUAUGUGACAUCAUCUAGUGGUCUUCUACUAAGAUUGUUCAAAUUAUCCCCCUAGGGUCAAAUAUGGCCCCGUCCCGGGGGUCACAUUGUUUACAAAGACUUAUAUAGGGAAAAACUUUGAAAAUCUUCUUGUCCAAACCACAAAGCCUAGGGCUUUGGCAUUUGUAAUGUAGCAUCAUCUAGUGGUUCUCUACCAAGUUUGUCCAAAUUAUCCCCUUAGGGUCAAAUAUGGCCCCGCCCUGGGGGUCACAUGGUUCAUUUAGACUUAUAUAGGGAAAAGCUUUUAAAAUCUUGUCAAUAACCUACAACAUUCAAAUUUGGACCACAUGUAUGGUUUUGAGUGGCAAGAUGAACCUUGACAUGAGUUGACCUUGAUUUUGACCUAGUGACCUACUUUCACAUUUCUCAAGCUACAGCCUUCAAAUUUGGACCACAUGCAUAGUUUUGUGUACCGAAACAAACUUUGACCUUUACAUUGACCUAGUGAUCUACUAUCACAUUUUUGAUGAAGGUACAGGCUUCAAAUUUGGACCACAUGCAUAGUUCUGUGUUCCGAAAUAAAAUUUGACCUUGAUUUUGACCUAGUGACCUACUCUCACAUUUCUCGAGCUACAGUCUUCAAAUUUGGACCAUUUGCAUAGUUUUGUGUACCGAAAUGAACUUUGACCUUAAGAUUGACCUAGUGACCUACAUUCACAUUUCUGUAGCUACAGGCUUCAAAUUUAGACCACAUGCAUAGGAUUGUGUACCGAAACAAACUUUGACCUUGACAUUGACCUAGUGACCUACUAUCACAUUUUUGAAGGUGCAGGCUUUAAAUUUGGACCACAUGCAUAGAUUUAUGUUCUGAAGUGUAAUUUGACCUUGAUUUUGACCUAGUUAUGUGUACCGAAAUAAACUUUGACCUUAAGAUUGACCUAGUGACCUACUUUCAAAUUUCUCGAACUACAGCCUUCAAACUUGAUGCACAUGCAUAGUUUUGUGUACAAAGAACUUUGUCCUUGAAAUUGAUCUAGUGACCUACUUUCACAUUUCUCAAGCUACAGCUUUCGAAUUUGGACCACAUGCAAAAUGAAAUUUUACCUCGAGCUAGUUAGUAAGUCUUGAAAUUUGGAACACUCAAAAAUGGCACAUUGGUGGGCGCCAAAAUCACUCUGUGAUCUAUUGUUAUGAACUAUGAUGUCUAUCAUUGGUGUUGGUGUAUUUAACAGUUUUUGACUUUGUAUGUCGAUGGUAUUGUAUUGUGUGUUAAAUCUUAAUUAAUCUAAAAAUAGCCGAAUGAACCACUGCAAAUACAAAUCACCAUAUUCAUACAAUAACUUGGUCCGUUACAAGAAUGUACUCAGUUGUUUUUAUACUAUUCACAUGUUAAUUUAUUUGUCGCAUGUUUGUCGUAAAUGCAAAUGAAAGCUUUUUUAAGCAGACAAAGAGCUUAACGCAUUUGUAAACAUGUUUCUUUCUCUUAGCGCCGAGUUACGAAAUUUAUUGUUUAAAAGCGUUCCGUCCAAAUUUUUGUUGUGAAAUGUGGAGUUUAUAAAAAUGUUCAUAUGCAGUUUUAAAGAUGUAUUUUAUGUGUCAAGCAAAGCACACACAUGAUGAACUUUGUACUAUACCUAGCGUUUGUUUUUGAUACCGGAUUGAGAUUAUGUACGCAAGUUCUAAAGUGUAUGAUCUACCGAUAGAACAAAUUUGACACUCAACUAAAUAAGACAAGCUGAUGCACCUUAGCUGAAUCUACAUUAUGCUUUCUAGGAAUUCUGAUUUGUUUUAUGUGUUGUAUUCUUAAAGAGAUGUUUUCUGCUGAUUAAUUACAAAGAUAGCAUAUUUAUCUUAUAUAUGUAAAGAUUCUAAUUAAUUGAUUUUCCGUAGUUGAAAGAGAUUUUGUAAAAUUCAGAUGAUUCUUUGUUUUAAGUUUCAGUUAUUAAUUUGGUUACAAUUAAAUAUCUUCAAAACAACAUUUCUUAUAGGUCUUAAAAUGAAAUUGUGCAAAUGACCAUUAUGCAUGUAUUUAUAUAAAAUAUGGUUUUACCAAAAAUGUGUACAUAUUACAUAUAGUGUCAGACAAAACUCAGGUAUUUGAAAGGUGGAAAUGCGACUUUGAAAAAUUGUAUAAUGGUGACAGCGACUCUGACUUUGAUGAAGAAUUUUUCAAUCAAAAAAAAAUUCACAAGCAAUUAAUUGAGUUAGACAUGUUAGACCCGUUAUAUACACCAAAUACACAACUGAACUGUAAUAUCACAAUCGAAGAGAUAUCCGUUAUAGUAAUGAAAGCGAAAGCGAGAUCCGCCUCUGGAUACGAUAUGAUUCCGUAUGAUGUAAUUAAAUUCCCAAGUAUAAUAACGGUUUUGCAACAGUUAUUUCAGUUGGUCAUGGACGCAGCUAUAAUCCCUACACCCUGGAGGAAAUCGAUAAUUUGUCCGAUUUUGAAGGACCCGAACACUGACGCAAGAUUGCCAAUGAACUAUAGAGGGGUCAGUUUACUGUCAUGCAUCAGCAAGUUAUAUAGUUCUUUCAUAAAUAAGAGGAUUACGGCUUACUUAAACGAACACGAUGUAUUAGCGGACGAACAAAAUGGAUUUAGAAAAGAUCGUUCAUGUGAAGAUCACAUUUUUACGCUGGAUAGUAUUACCAGGAACAAUAAAUCCGUUAUGGCAGCAUUCAUAGAUCUAAAGAAAUGCUUUGAUUUCAUUGAUAGAGACAUGAUGCUUUACAAGUUGCUUCUAAACAAAAUUGACGGUAAAAUAUACAAUUCAUUAAAAGCAUAUACAGUAAUUCAACAUCAUGUGUGCGGAUUAACCAUAAACUUACAGACUGGUUCAACUGUUCGAAAGGCGUGAAACAGGGAUGUAAUUUGUCGCCGACACUUUUCGCCAUCUUCGUGAACGACCUGGUUAAGGAAAUCAACGACCUUGAACUUGGGGUCAAGGUUGAGGACACAUCAGUAUCAAUGCUACUUUAUGCGGACGACAUAGUUUUGGUCGCUAAUUCUGCUGAAAAUCUACAAGCUAUGCUUAAUAAAAUGCACGAAUGGUGCAAACCCUGGAGGGUCUUGAUCAACUGCGAAAAAUCUAAGGUCAUGCACUUCCGGAAAGGACGAGCCGAACGCAGUGACCAUCAAUUCACAGUUGGAGAUAACCAACUUGAAACUGUUGAUAGCUAUAAAUAUCUUGGUAUUAUUCUUCAUGAUAAACACGACUUUAGUUAUAACUGCGAAUCCCUCUCAAAAGGUGCGGGUCGUGCUCUUGGUAGCGUUAUCUCAAAGAUACACUGUAUGAAGAAUUGUGGAUUUAAAACAUUUCAAAAAUUAUACAACUCAUGUGUUGUACCUAUUUUGGAUUACAGUGCUUCCGUAUGGGGUUUCAAACAUUUUCAAGCAGCUGAUAGUGUUCAAAACCGCGCAAUUCGCUAUUACUUAGGCGUUCAUCGAUUUACACCGAAACUUGCACUUUUAGGCGAAACAGGAUGGAUACCCAGUACCUAUAGAAGAUGGAUUUGUAUAAUCCGAUAUUGGAACAGACUUGUAAAAUUAAACGAUAAUAGAAUCACUAAACGAGUAUUCAAUAAGGAUUAUCAGAAUUCAAAUAUAGUAAAUAACUGGUGCAACGAAGUGAAAACCAUUAUGACAAAAUUAGACCUUAUCACUCAUUUUAAUAACAAAGUAACGGUAGAUAUGGAUUAUGUUAAAUCGAAAAUUGGAGAAUAUUAUGCUCACAUAUGGAAAAGUGAUUAUGAAAAGGUGCCUAAGUUAAGGACAUACAAAACAUUUAAGACUCAAUUUUCGUGCGAAAAUUACUUGUCUUUAAAUCUUAAGAGAAACAGAAACGGGAAGGUAUGUCGAGGAAUCUCCAGACCAAAUACUUUGUAUAAUAUGUCAAACGGGAUUAAUUGAAGACGAAACUCAUUUUUUAAUUGUUUGUCCUGUGUAUAACAAUACAAGAUCAGUGAUAUUUAAUGACAUUAUUUCGAAUGAUGUAUAUAUCAACAUGACAGACAGUGAAAAACUAGUUUUCCUUAUGAAAAAUUAUCAGAAUAAAGUUAUAAAGUUUCUAGUUAGAGCAUAUAUGUUAAGAAGAAGCUUACUUUAUGAUAAGUAAAUAUAAGAUACUUUGCAAUUAUUAAAACACAAUAUUCUGUAACAUGUUUUUAUCCAUUUUUAUCAGUGUUCAAUUUAUAUAUAGAGAUGUAUACUCGAAUUCAUUCAUGUUUCACUCUUGGUAUUGUUCACAACUUAUGUUAAAUGUAGUAAUAAGGUGACUUAUAGGUCCGAUGGGCCGGGUGUCUUUUGAUGUAUUUGUAUUAUGUAUUCGGAAUUUAUGUAUACACAAGUCACUAUAAUAAACAAUUUACUUACUGACUUACUUACUUGUUACAUUUUUAUGCCCACGAAGGGAGGCAUAUUAGUUUUCAACUGUCCGUCCGUUCGUUCGUUCGUUCGUUAGUUAGUUCGUUAGUCACAACGUUAACUUUUUGCAUGAAGGCACUUUACUCUCAAACCACUGCACCCAGGACCUUCAAACUUCUCUUGCUGAUAGUACUUAUUGAGUAUACCACACCUACUGACUUUGGGGUCACCAGGUCAAAGGUCAAGGUCACAGGGGCCAACGUUAACUUUUUGCAUGAAAGCACUUUACUCGCGAAACACUGCACCCGGGACCUUCAAACUUCACGUGCUGAUAGUACUUAUUGAGUGCACCACCCCUACUGACUUUGGGGUUACCAGGUCAAAGGUCAAGGACACAGGGGCCAACGUUAACUUUUUGCAUGAAGGCACUUUACUCUCAAACCACUAUACCCAGGACCUUUAAACUUCACUUGCUGAUAGUACUUAUUGAGUAUACCAAACCUACUGACUUUGGGGUCACCAGGUCAAAGGUCAAGGUCACAGUGGCCAAAGUUAACUUUUUGCUUGAAAGCACUUUACUCGAGAACCACUGCACCCAGGACCUUCAAACUUCACGUGCUGAUAGUACUUAUUGAGUGCACCACUCCUACUGACUUUGGGGUUACCAGGUCAAAGGUCAAGGUCACAGGGGCCAACGUUAACUUUUUGCAUGAAGGCACUUCACUCGCGAACCACUGCACCCAGGACCUUCAAACUUCACAUGGUGGUAGUACUUAUUAAGUACACCAACCUUACUGACUUUGGGGUCACCAGGUCAAAGGUCAAGGUCACAGGGGCCAACGUUAACUUUUUUCAUGAAGGUACUUUACAUGCGAACCACUUCACCCAGGACCUUCAAACUUCACAUGCUGAUAGUACUUAUUGAGUACACCACCCCUACUGACCUUGGGGUCACCAGAUCAAAAGUCAAGGUGCUGCGGGGCAUUUGUCACCAUUAGUGACAGCUCUAAUUUUUUGUUCUAACCCAAAAGUGCUGUGUAAUAAAUUGAAAAAAAAACUUUA